GACGAUCCUCUUCGCGGGGUUCUUCGUGGGCGAUGGGCAUAUACACGUAAGCCACGAGGUGAUGGACGCUUCGAUAUUCUUACAUAAGAGUCUGUUCGAGAUGUGGCACGGUACAGGGGUUUUUCCCGUCUUUUGCGUUCUAUAAGCCCUCCCAUCUACUAUGUCCUCUGGUACAGAGUCAAGAAGGCGCGAAGGCGCCAAUGCAAGGCGCACGCCCACUAGCACUGGCACUGGCACACCACCUCCCGUCGACGACACGCCCCUCGCCGCCUUUUUCGCUCAGUUCGCGUCAUUCUCCUUCAACGCCAACCAGUCCUCAGGCAAGAACUUCGAUCGCCUUGUCAGGGUCAUAAAAUGUGGCCCCCAAGAUCCGGAGAGGCGUGAAGUACGAGAGGGAUUCAAAGACGCGCUCAAUCUGUGCCGUGUACUGCGAAUCGUUCCUGUUCCAGAUUCAAUCGAGGAGUGUCGCCUGCGCGUUUGGGACACGCAUGUCAAUCUUGUAGACCUUGUUGACUCAGCGAGAACUGGGAUGCCUGUAAAGCUGUUUGCAUCUCUGGGAGAGUUGACAGCAUAUACUCUCCGGAAGCCGAAGAAAUUCUUUCCGAAGGAGAAUGCGUAUCAAGGCGGGUUGCUGAAGGAGUUGCUGAGGGAGAUAAUAAAUCCUUACUUCGGGAAACGCAGGAACGGGAGUGCGAAGAGAAAAGAAAGAAGGAAGAAACAGAAGACCGCAAGGACAGCAGCAGGAGGCGACUGAACGCCUGUUCAGUGGCAAAACUGGCUGGAAUUGUCCCUUUGAACUCGUUUUGCAACAUUCACUUUUACUACAUUCUCUGUACCAGUAGCAUACGCAUUAUGACCUGUCAACACCCUGUAAUACUUAUUUCGCAGAUAGAACUUGCGAAGCAUCAAAUAUGU